GAGGGUCCUCUGUUCCUCAUGGAAUCAGGCUGUCUGCCACUCACUCAGCAUCCAAUCAGUCGCAGCAUUCCAGCUCGUUAUCCCGUCGCGUCUCACAGCCCGUCUUGAGUCAACAUCCAUCGGCCAAGUCAAGUCAUCUGAGCGGCCUUCCCCCACAUCACAUAGGCGUCAUGUCCUCCAUCAUCAAUCAGCUGUCGCCCUAUUUUUGUGCCGUGUGCACCCCCGUCAAAGGCAACACGCAGCUCGGCACCCUUGUCGACCAAUCGGAGAUUCAAAUAAACGCCCUCCAGUUCCAAAACAGCCGCAGCCAACUAGAGGGUGAGCACACGACGGCAUGCACAAGACGCAGGACACGCAGCCCACCUGAUUGCGGCGAGGGGCAAUACCUGUGAUGUUUGUCAGCGAUGAUUGUUUGGUUGACUGUCCGUGUCUGUCUGUCUGUCUGCCUGUCUGUGCUGCAGAGAAUCAGAGGUCUGUGGUGGAGAGGAUUGUGAACAGAUGGGCGGCAAUGCUCUACAGGGUGACAACAAUUUCCACGUCGUUAUAAAUUGAUUCUACACGGAUCUGCAGACAAGCCAUCCAUCGAAUCGAUUUGUGUCUCUCUUUGAUCAGGGUAAGAAGUUGGAGGUGGUGCAGCAGAUGAUCCACGGCACGCAGGUUGUCCCGCUUGUCGUCACGCUGGACAAAGACCUCUUGGUACACACACACACACACACACACACAGGGAGAGGGAGAGAGAGAGAGAGGGAGAGAGACACGCAGAGGGGGCGAUCGAUCGAUGGAUGGCCCGUCCAUCCAUUUCUCUUUCCCUCCCUCCCUGUCUCCAUGCACUCCCUGGCUGGCAGACUCUGGACAUCGGCGGCACUCGUCAGUACCUCCGCAACCUCACCACCCUCAAACUCAUCGACAACAACCACACCGCCACCGCACCACAGCCACCAGUAGCAGCAGCAGGAGCUGCAGCAGGAGCGAGUCGUGCCGCUUCGUUGCGUGGCACCCUUCCCCCGUCCCUCCCGUCGCGCGUCACACAAAAGGCACCGGUCGUGUAUGAAGAGGAAGCUGAAGAGGGAGAAGACGAUAAGCGAGCCGAGAAUGCGCUGGGGCAGAGGCAGCAGCCGGCAGGGCAAGAUGCUGACGGUAAGGGUGAGGCUGAAGGCGAGACACCGGUGGAGUCGCCAGUGCGCAAGCCGAUGAAGCGUCAGGCGACGGGCGGUAUGGCGCUUCUCAAGCGCCAGGUCACGGGGGGAGCCGCACUGGGAUCCAGGUUCUCCAGGUUCAACCCUGACGACGAUGAGGACGAAGACGAAGAUGAAGACGAAGACGACGAGGGUGAAGCCGAGGAAGAUCAAGGCGACAAGCCGCCGUCCAGCUCAUCGAGCGCCAGUGCCAGCAGCCGCGACGCGUCACGAGAGACACAACAGCAGCAGCAGCAGCAGGACUGGGCGGAAUGGCUGCGCCAGAGCCGCACGCGGCUGGGCACCUCGCUGGGCUUCAAGACCAUCGGGUCCACACUGGGUGGCUUCGACACAGGGCGGUUCUUCAGCGGCCGUCCGUCGCUGUUGCGGGUGCGGGUGCACACCUAUGACCUGGAGGCGGUGUUCGCUGGCGCCCUCGCCUCGUCAACGGUGAGAUGGCGAUUCGGCAACAGGACCGACAGACUGCACUUUGCCCUCGCCUUGAAGGUGCGUCGAAAAAGCGGAAUGAGUGAAACAGUGGUGUAUCCCCUGUUGGCGGCACGCUUGCUUGCUAAUGUGUCUUGCUAAGUCAGAUUCUCCGUUCGAGAGACCCGCAAGUCACUAAGAUGGGUGUGUGUCAUGUGGAGAGGACUCACGUGCCGAAGGAGCUGCCAUUCAGCCCCACACAGAGUGAGUGAGUGACUGACUGACUGACUGAAGUGACACACAAUACAGCACAGCAGAGAGCCUCUUCCUCUGUCUGUCAAUUGGCGUAGGAGACCAGCAUUUGUUUGCGCUUGCUCGCCGCGAGCAUUUCGAUCCGCAGCACGGACACACUGUCGUCCUCUCGUGAGGAAAAGGGGAGGAGACACGCACGCAUGGCAUGAAACGCACACACUAUUUAAUUUGUGUGACAUACAUAUGCAUGCAUCGAUACACGACAUGACAUAAAUGAAUCAGUGUAGUGGAUCUGCUGGUGACCCGUGCUCUGCGCACGCCCUCGUCACAGCUCUAUGUGGAGCUCUACGUCAGGUGUGUGUGUGUGUGUGUGUGUGGACUGAGAGAGACAGGUCACCUCACCUGCCGAUCGGUGGAUGGAAUCAUUGUGUCUGUCUGUCUGUCUGGCAGGUAUCCUUUGGUUGAUAAGUAUCUGUAUGUCCGGUCCAAGCCCGCCCUGCUGCCAGCGUGGGCACAGGUCAGUUGGUCAGCCAUUGCACAAUGUUGGGGCCACACCACACAAAUAUGACUGACAUCCCUCUCGCGAUGUGUGCGGUGUCAGUGGGCUCACGGCCCAGGAGGCAGCCAAAGACACAGCAGCAUGCAGGCACGUACAUCAUGAUACGCGCCUGAGUGCGUCAGCCACUAGCACUUUUGUGCCUUUUUGGCGUGUGCCUUUCCCCUCUCUCUGUCUGUCUGUCCAGGUCGAUGUGGCGAUAGAGGAGAUAUCGGCUGCUGAAGUGGACAGCUACGACCCUCACAAAGAGUUUGGUACACACACACACACCAGAUCACUCUCAUGUGUGUCGGUCGUGUCGGUUGUCUCGUGUUGUGUUUGUGUAAGUUGGCAAGGAGGAGGCCGAGAUGCGGUCGGUCAACUCUGUGGCGCGGAUUGCCUUCAACCUGCACAACGUCAAGGUCAAGAUCCCCAAGUGCCCUCACAGCAUAUUCGGCCGACUGAUUGCUACGGAUGAGUACUUCCCCACAGCCAUCGGCACAUUCAGGGUCUGGAGACACACACGUGCACAGGGAGAGAAAGAGAGAGAUGGCUGGCUGUUGACUGUACGCUAUGCUCUGUGUCUGUCUGCAAUUCUCUGGCUGCAUGGACGAAAUGCAGCUGAGUGUGGGCCAGCAGCAUAUGACGUACAAGUCAGUGGGGCAACACAGAAAGAUGGAGAGCAGCUGUGAAUGAAUGUCUCCUUCACUCUUCAGGAGGCCAGACGACGAGCAAUUGAGAUCUCACGUUCGAUUCGGACCAAGUGAGACGCAAAUGGCCACCUGCAAUCGAUCUAUUCAUCUAGAUCUGUCCUCCUCCUGCUUGUGUGGUGCAGUUGGUGGCGGUGUUGAUGACGGUGGGAGGGGUGUGGGGCUCCCCAGACCAGAGGACACCCCAGGGAGCUCGCUCAUGGUGCCCAAAGCACCCAGCGGCGAAGGUCAGUUAGUCAGCCAGUCAGGCGCACAGACAGAAAGACACAAGGUGAGACACACUGCACACCUGAAUGAGCUAUCGUGUCUUUGUUUGGUGUGCGAUGUCCACUGAUAGCCUCGCCCGCCGAUAGCCUCUGCAGCCCGCGGGGCCCCCGGGAUAUCCAUCUCAUCGGUCGGCACAUACAUUGACUGACAGCAAUCCAUCCGUCGACGGAUGCCGGCCGUGAGGUCUGUCUGACAGGUGUGUGUGUGUGUGUGUGUGUGUUGAUGCCUUCGAUCAGUUCACAGCGCGUACAAGGUCAAGGUGCGUCAGCAAGAGCAGCAGGCCAUGGAGCUGCCCAGGUCAGGUGCCGGCGAGCAAGGCCCUCUCGGCAAGGCCGGCUUGGCUGUGCCAGCAGAGCACCACGCUCAUUUGGCCCCCGAGGGCACAGCGCUGAGCCCACGCACCACUGCUGCCAAUGAGGCCGCUGGUGCUUCCAAACCCACACACGUAAGCGACGCAAGCAGGGACGAAGGGAGGGAACCAACGAUUGACAGAACGACGACUCUCUCUCCUUUCGCGACUGACUCUUACGGCUGCAGAGCACUGUCGAGCUGGGGCUCCUCAGUGUUCGGCUGUUGGGGUACUACAACGUUCAGUGACUGGCUGAGUGCGUGGGUGGUGCACUCAGCAUCUCUUGGUUGGCUCCUGGUUCUAUGCAUGGCCGGCCUACCUGCCCGUCUUUCCUGACAGUCGCAUGUUCGAUUGUUUUGCAUGCCCUUCUGCCAUGGAUGGAAAAUGCAUGGAUUGCUGGACACCCCUCGAGCUCGUGUGUGUGCAAUGCCAU